AUGGAAAAUUUAGCAUUAUCAAAAGCCAAUUUUGUCCAAUUUUACACAGGAAAAAUUGGAGAUCGCUAUGAACUAUCAAAAAAACUUGGUGAUGGUACCUAUGGCUCUGUCUAUCUUGGGAGAAAUCUUGAGACAAACCAAAUAAGAGCAGUUAAACAUAUUUACAAAAAUCGUGUAAAAAAUCGAGAACGUUUAGAUAACGAAAUAAACGCCAUGGUACAAGGAGACCACCCAAAUUUAUGUAAAUUAUAUGAAAUCAUUGAAGAAAGAAGAAACCUUUAUUUAGUCCUCGAGAACUGCGAAGGAGGAGAGCUCUUUGACUAUAUUUCAGAAAAGAGUAAACUCAGCGAGGUUGAAGCAGCUGCGCUGUUCAGGCAGCUUAUGCUUGCUAUUAAUUACUUGCAUUCUAAAGGUAUUUGCCAUCGAGAUAUCAAGCCUGAAAAUCUGAUGUUUUCUGAAAAAAACCAUGAGUCUCCAUUGAAACUUAUUGAUUUCGGUUUAGCCAAAUUCGUGACUAAUGAAGGUGAUUUAAUGUACACUAGAAUCGGAACACCUUUUUAUAUAAGUCCAGAAAUUCUAAAAGGCUCAUACUCAUUAUCAACAGAUAAUUGGUCUGCUGGAGUCAUCUUAUAUAUUAUGCUCUGUGGAUAUCCACCGUUUUAUGGAAAUUCUGAUAAUGAAACUUUUAGACUGAUCUUGAACGGAAGCUAUAACUUUAGAGGAAAAGAAUGGAGAGGAGUUUCACCAUCAGCAAAGCAUUUAAUUAGAAGCUUACUUGUCUCUGAUCCUGAGUUAAGAUUUACAGCUAAACAAGCUUUGAAGCAUCCAUGACUAUCUGGGAUGGCUUCUCCAGAAUUCCCACUUGACAUUAAUACACAAUCUUUAAAAAAUUUUAAUAAAGCUCGAAGAUUCAGGAAAGCAAUUUUACUUUGUGUAGCCUCCCAAUGCAAUGAGCAAGAUAUUUCAAGACUUACUUUACCUAUAAGUAAAUGAGAGAAAAUAAGAUUUUAUCUAAAAAUUUUGUGCAUUCCUUAUUUUACUGAAGGUCAAGAAUGAAACAAAAGAAGGGAGCUAAUCUUAAGAAGAUGCCUUGGAGCAUGCAAAAAAGACUCACAUAUAAAAUCUCUAGUAAAAUAUUUAUUAGAAAUUGGCUAUAUAUGUGUCAUUAAAAAUGAGAUAGCCAAAAUGACAUAUUAUUUUCAUUAAUUUUAAUUUAAAAGUUAGAGAUCUUUUUAUGAGAAUUGAUAGAGACGGAAAAGGCUGUAUAUCAUACAAAGAACUUCAAGAAGGCUUGGAACAGUUCUCAACAGAGCUUGGAGAUGAGACUGAAAGCAUUAUUUCGAGCAUGGAUGUCAAUAAAAAUGGAACAAUUGAUUAUACAGAAUUUCUAGCUUCUACACUUGAUAGAAGUAUAUAUCUGCAACAAGAGAAGCUGGAAAAUGCUUUCCAUUUGUUUGAUAGAAAUAACACUGGAAUGAUUUCCAUUAGUGAUCUCAAAGAAAUUUUGGGAAAGGAUAAUUCUCUUGAUUCUGAAUAUUGGGAGAGCAUUAUUAGAGAAGCAGAUGUGAAUGGAGAUGGGAAAGUAGAUUUUGAUGAUUUCUUACUCCCCCCCCCCCCUCCGUGAGCGAACAAAAAAAUUUUGUUCGCUCACGGAGGGGGGUUAAUUUUUUUUUUUUAAAAAAAAAUUUAUAUAUAAAUUUUAUAAAAAAUAUUUUUUUCGAAAUUUAAAAAAAUCCUAAUUUGCAAAAAUUGGGAAGCAAAUAUUAAUUUAAUUUGCAAAAUUUAUGUUUUAAAACGCAAUUUGUUUAAAAUUAAACAGAAUUAGCUCUAGAUUUCAUUAUACUAAUUAUCACUUAUAUAUCCAAAAUUUUUUUCCAUUAAAAUUUUUUCUAUUAAAAAAUUUUUGUUUCACUCACGGAGGGUGGGUUUUUGGUCAAAAAAUGCCGAUUUUUCUAAUGGUUUUGUUCGCUCACGGAGGGGGGGGGGGGGGAGUUAGCAACAAUGGAACUUGGACUUUCCUCACAGUUUUCUGUAGUCUUUUAA